CUUCAGAGGACUUGACCCACCCUCCGUUAGCAGAUUGAACCGCAGAGCCAGAAAGUCCUCCAGAGUUCGGUUCUGUGGACAGAAUAGAGGGGGGCUGACAUAGUUAACCGCCGGAUGUGGAAUUAAAAGCGGAAAUGGAGGCGAGAAGAGGAGGUUUACCUCCAGGCAUCCGAAAAGUGAUUGUUGGUGAAGAAGAGAGGCAAGAGUGGAGCUCCAGUCUGGACCAGGAGGACCCAAGCAUUAAAGAGGAGCAGGAGGAAGUCAAUAUCACCCAGUUCACCUUUAGUGCUCUCCCUGUUAAGAGUGAAGAGGAUGAAGAAAAACCUGGAUCUUUACAGCCUCAUCACAGCCAGACUGAAGACAUUAAAGAUUCUGUCGGAUGGCCAGAUCCUGAUCCAUAUCUGCAGCCUGAUGAGAAGACUUCAGACACAGAUGUCAGUGAUGCCGACUGUGAGCAGCCCUGUGAACCUGCACUGCCUCAGAUGCAAUGUGACAAUGAUGAGAAACCAUUCAACUGCUUUGUGUGUGGGAGAAAAUUUGGUCAUCGCAGAAAUCUUAACAGGCACCUGAGAACCCACACUGGAGAGAAACCCUUCAUCUGCUCUCAGUGUGGGAAAAGAUUUGUUGACAGUGGAAACCUGCACAGACACGUGGGGAUUCACACAGAGAAGAAACCGUUUAGCUGUUCUGAGUGUGGCCGAGGUUUUAAAGACAAGUCUACUCUAAUGAACCACUUGAGGACUCACACGGGCGAGAAACCAUUCAGUUGCCCGUUUUGUAGUAAAACCUUCACACACAGUGGCAGUUUGAAACAGCACCUGAGCAUUCACACAGGAGAGAAACCCUACAGCUGCCCAGAGUGCAAUAAAACAUUCAGUCGUAAAACAAACUUGAAGACUCACAUGAAGAUCCACACUGGUGAGAAAAGUUUCAGCUGUGGCUUCUGUCACAAAACGUUUACUCGGAAGCAUCACAUGCAAGACCAUCAGCGUGUCUGUCGUUCUGCAAACCGUAGACCAUCCAGAAACCAAAUUCUGAUGCCUCGCCCUCUAAGCACUGGACUGGUAGUGCUUGUGUACCCAGCAUCUCUUUCUAAAAGUACCACUGAGUGAUGGAAACCAUUGUGGCAUCAAAUGAGAGAGAGAAUAAAGCCAAACCUCCGUAGGUGGCCAGAAUAUGGCUUUUAGUGAAAGAGAAGAUAUUUGAUCUUUUAAGUUGUUUUAGACUUCAAAGAUCAAAUGUCUUGAAAGUAGAGUUCCCGUAGUUUGUGGUGAAACGUGAUCCAUCUUUAGUAGUUUUGUUAGAGCUGUGUUUUGUGUGGUAUGGAGGACCACAAGAGCCACGCGCAUCGAAAUAAAUGAUUCUGUGUUUAAAUAAUGAAUUGUAGAACAAAAUCUGCAUUUGUAAGUUCAUUUUUGAAUUCCAAUUUAAUAAACUGAUUUUUAAAAUGC